GUUUCGCUAGAACAAGCAUUUUGUCAUUUCUAUUUGUCUGCAUAGAUCUCAUAAUUUUCGGUGAAAAUGCCGACGUGGAAUCAGAUUCAGUCUCAGCUUCGGAAUCCAAACAACCCAGUAGUUUUCUUCGAUAUUAAUGUGGGCACUAUUGAAAUUGGACGAAUGAUUCUAGAGCUAUUUGCUGAUAUUGUUCCUAAGACAAGUGAAAACUUUAGACAGUUUUGUACUGGGGAGUACAGAAAAGAUGGUGUGCCUCUUGGCUUUAAGGGGGCACCAUUUCACAGAGUUAUCAAGGAUUUUAUGAUACAAGGUGGAGAUUUUGUUAAUGGUGAUGGAACCGGUGUCAUGAGUAUUUAUGGUGGCACUGCCUUCCCAGACGAAAAUUUUACACUUAAACACGAUGCUCCAGGACUAUUGUCUAUGGCCAACAGCGGGAAGGAUACCAAUGGGUGUCAGUUUUUCGUUACUUGUGCAAAAUGUAACUUUCUUGAUAGCAAACAUGUAGUUUUUGGUCGAGUUAUUGAUGGACUUUUGGUUAUGAGAAAAAUAGAAAAUGUACCAACAGGUCCAAAUAACAAACCAAAAAUUCCAGUUGUCAUCUCACAAUGUGGCCAGAUGUAGUUUAAGUUCAAUUGUGUAAUUUGAGAGCUCUUACCCCAAGAGAAAUCAGGAAUUUUGUCAAAGAAAGACAAGGCUAGUUGCUCAUCUACUAUGAUUUAUAUACCUAUCACAUCAGUUUGGCACGGCACAAAUGUUAAGCAAGUACUGCUUCUUCAACUUGGAAAAAAAUAAAAAAAUUUAAACAGUUUUAAAUUUUUAAUUUAUAAUACAUAAGUAACUGACAAGUCGGGUCUAAUUUCUAAUUCAUCUUCUUGUCAAAAUUAUUUAGAAUCACAUGGAUGUGAAUUUCCUUUGGUCACAACAUCUCACGGGGAAGUAGUCUUGAUCAAAUUAAUAUCAAAAAUAACCACCUGUCUGAAUCUUAAGACUCAACAACAUUACUUAAAUAAAUAAAUAAUUGAGAAGGAAA